GUGGCUGCAGUGGGAAUGGGCGUGGUCAGGGUAUUUUCCUCCGCUGGCUGACAUUCUCGUCAUUCCUCUCCACGGUCACAGCGCGAGCGACUCGACGAGAAAUACAUCGUGAUUUUACCCUUUUUAAAAAGUCCGUUUGGAUAUUAACCAGUUCCCGGGAUCAAGAUGUUCUACACGUGUGGACCCAAUGAAGCCAUGGUGGUGUCUGGCUUUGGCCGAUCUCCACCUCUGAUGAUUGCUGGAGGACGAGUGUUUGUCCUCCCGUGUAUUCAGCAGAUCCAGAGAAUCACACUCAACACCCUGACUCUGAAUGUGAAGAGUGACAAAGUCUACACCCGCCAUGGUGUCCCCAUCUCUGUCACUGGCAUUGCACAGGUGAAGAUCCAGGGCCAGAACAAGGAGAUGUUGGCCACCGCCUGUCAAAUGUUUAUGGGGAAGUCUGAGGGGGAGAUCGCCAAUAUUGCACUCGAAACAUUGGAGGGACACCAGAGAGCCAUUAUUGCUCAUCUGACUGUUGAGGAGAUCUACCAGGACCGUAAGAAGUUCUCCGAGCAGGUCUUUAAGGUGGCCUCCUCUGACUUGGUCAACAUGGGAAUCGGUGUUGUCAGCUACACACUCAAAGAUGUUCAUGAUGAUCAGGACUACCUUCACUCCCUGGGUAAAGCCAGAACAGCCCAGGUGCAGAAGGAUGCCAGGAUUGGAGAGGCUCAGUACAAACGUGAUGCUGUCAUGAGGGAGGCUAAUGCCAUGCAAGAGAAGGUGUCUGCUCAGUUAAAGAACGACAUUCAGAUGGCAAAAUCCCAGAGAGACUUUGAGCUGAAGAAGGCAGACUAUGACGUCGAGGUCAACACCAAGAAGGCUGAGUCAGAAAUGGCCUAUCAGCUUCAGGUGGCCAAGACAAAGCAGCGCAUCGAGGAGGAGAAGAUGCAGAUUCAGGUGGUGGAGCGGACACAGCAGAUUACUCUGCAGGUUCAGGAGAUCAUCCGCAAGGAGAAGGAGCUGGAGGCCCAAGUCAAGAAGCCGGCAGAAGCAGAGAAAUACCGACUGGAGAGGCUGGCGGAGGCAAUGCGCCUGCAGCUCAUCAUGGAGGCUGAGGCCGAGGCUGAGUCCAUCAGAAUGAAGGGUGAUGCUGAGGCUUUUGCCAUCGAGGCUAAGGGUCGUGCUGAGGCGGAGCAGAUGACCAAGAAGGCCGAGGCCUUCAAGCAGUACCAAGAUGGAGCCAUGGUGGACAUGCUGCUGGAGAAACUGCCACUGAUGGCAGAAGAGAUCAGCAGGCCCCUGUGUGAGGCGCAGAAGAUCACCAUGGUGUCCAGCGGCGGCUCCGAGGUGGGAGCAGCCAAACUGGCUGGAGAGGUGCUGGAUAUCAUGACCAGGCUGCCGGCCGCUAUAGAGAAACUCACUGGAAUCGACAUCUCCCAGGCUGGAGUCCAGUCCACCCGCGUGCGUUAAGAACACAGGGAGAGUCGAAGUAAUCGGGAAGAGGCGUCACCGUUAUUCAGACCAGGAGCUUCACGACCUGUCUGAUCGUCUGAAUACAUGCAUGUGUUUCACUUGUGUCUCUUUUGCUGGUUCCUCCUUUAUCUACUCGUGAUGGGUUUUUAGUUCCUCCCCUCUGUGGUUCAUUUUCCUUUUCCUGGUCUGAGUUGUCGUUUGUUCUGCUGAUUACAGCAAAAGCAGCUUCAGGGGUUUGGAUUAUCGAUGAAGCUGCUUUGUUUGCCCAGAGGAGAGAAAAGCCUCAGCCCUCUUUAGUCAGUGUUAGUCCAAAUAGAAGUUCCUGUCUUUGUCUUUUGAUACUUGACUUUCAGAAUAAGUUCUUACUGCAUUCAGACUCAUUUAUCCCUGCACUGGGACGGAGUCAACAAACUCUUGGUCUUUCUUUUUUCUUUUUAACUUUUUAAUGUGAAACAGGUUUAUUUUCUCGGUGCCUUUCAAUUCACUAAAUGCUGCUGAGCUCAUUUUUAUCACAGCAUGACCUCAUAAUAUUGUCAAAGGUCGUAUUGUUACAGUCAGUGUAGUUUUAACUUUGUUUUGUGUUUAUUAUAAAAAGUCCGACAGGGCUGGGGAAGUCUUUGUGGUAACUGACUUCUUAACUGGGCCCAAAGUCAUAUCAGUUGUCAUGUGAGUGGAAGGAUUUAGUUUUUUGGGGGGGGGAAGAGAAGUGGUUGAUGGAAACGAGAUAUUGAGGUUUCCUGUGAAAAGCAACGAAAGUACGUUCCAGUGGAAAAUUUUCUUGUGACACUAUAUCUUUGCUGCAGUGUCUUCUCUUGUGUUGAUCAUCAUAUGACGAGAGUAAAAACACACCAUUACUUACUAACCAAUUAACCCAAUUGCUUGCUGCCUGUAGUUUGAAAUGACACACAGGAGAUAGUAUGAUUUAUCUGUGGUAGUGAUUUUUAUAUUACACUGAUGCUGGGUUUGGAGGAUCUUGGCUGGUUUUAUGUCUCUUUGCUGAGGGGGGUAUUGAAUCACAGCCUCUGAUUGGGGGCUGACUUCUUUCUUUUUCCUCAGAUGUCUUUGUAUCUGUCCAAAGUUUUCCAGCUACCAAGCCUUAUGCAUUUUGUUACCCUCAAGUGCCUGUUGAAAACUCCCCAACAGCCAAGUCAAGUUGGCUUCUCCAGUAAUGCCUAUUACACCUCUGUCAGGGAAAACUUCAGAUUACUAACCAUAAGCCAUGAGCCAUCACGGCUGUAGACGAAAGCCAAAUCAGUUGAUACUGCUUUUGUAGGUUCUUGUGACUAAUCUUUGUCUUUAACAAACUGUUGUUGCAUGUUUGUCUCUUAAAUUGAUAUAAGGAGUUAGUAAUUAUAUAGUGUGGAAGUCAGAUGCUAGUGUCAAAUAUUAAAAGAUGUAGUUAAUGUUCUAUGAUACCGAAGAAGACAAUAAAAUAUGAUUUAAUCACA